CAAAGAUGGCAGCCUCCAUGUUGAGCAUGAUGACAUGAGUGUGAAAUUUUUAGUUAACGUCCUGUACGUUGUUAAUACAGACAAUUUGUACGACAACCAAUCCUAAAGAUGGAAAGUAUAGAGGACAUGAUGAGGAUGGACAAGGAGAAGCUCGUGGAGCCGGUCAAAACCGUCCAGGAGAAAUGGAGACUUCUGCCUGCGUUCCUGAAAGUUAAGGGACUUGUAAAGCAGCACAUCGACUCCUUCAACUUCUUCAUCAAUAAUGACAUCAAGAGUAUUAUGAAGGCCAAUGAGAAGAUCUCCAGUGAUGCUGAUCCCAACUUUUAUAUGAAGUACCUGAACAUAUAUGUAGGGAUGCCGGAUGUUGAGGAGGGGUUCAACAUAACAAAGCCGAUCUCCCCUCAUGAAUGUCGCCUAAGAGACAUGACAUACUCAGCACCUCUAACUGUGGACAUUGAGUACACCCGUGGUAACCAGAGGAUUGUCAGGAAGAACCUACCCAUCGGCAGAAUGCCGAUGAUGCUGCGCAGCUCCAACUGUGUCCUAACAGGGAAGAGUCCUGCUGAGAUGGCAAAGCUCAACGAAUGUCCCAUGGAUCCAGGCGGCUACUUCAUUGUCAAGGGCAAUGAGAAGGUCAUCCUUAUUCAAGAACAACUCUCAAAAAACAGAAUGAUUGUGGAUACCAGUGCUGGUCGCAAAGGAACCAUAGAGUGUUCUGUUACUAGCUCGACUCACGAGAGGAAGAGUAAGACUUAUGUUACCACUAAAAAGGAGAAGUUCUACUUACGUCACAACACCUUCGCUGAGGACAUACCUGUGGCGAUCGCGUUUAAAGCGAUGGGUAUCGAGUGUGACCAGGAGAUUGUACAGAUGAUAGGGAGUGAGGAGGUAGUACUGACCGCUAUAGCUCCGUGUCUGGAGGAGUGUCACCGCGCACAGGUGUUCACACAGACCCAGGCACUGAAAUAUAUAGGGGUACGUGUGAGGCAGCGACGAAUGUGGGGUGCACCAAAGAAGAGUAGAGUGGACGACGCCAGAGAUGUCCUACAUAGUGUGGUACUGGCCCAUGUCCCUGUAGUGCAGUGGAACUUUAGAGUUAAGUCUGCGUACCUGGCCCUGAUGGUGCGGCGUGUGAUCCUAGCUAAGGGUGACAAGGUCAAGGCUGACGACCGUGAUUACUACGGUAACAAGCGUCUGGAGCUGGCUGGACAGCUGCUGUCACUUCUGUUUGAGGAUUUGUUCAAAAAGUUUAAUUCAGAGGUAAAGUGGAUAUGUGCAAGGUUCAUCAUAG